AUGUUUCUUCGACAUCUGGACCUCACUACUGCUCUUAGGCCCUCUCUGCAUCCUGACGAAACGCUUCUGUUUGUCCAAGAUGCUGUGGGACUCUAUGAGGGGAAAUACAAGAUCCCCGAGUACCAGAACGGCCAUGCAUACCUUACUUCGCACAGAGUCUGUUAUGUGGACAACGAAGAGCCGAGGAAGAACUCCGUUGCCGUGGAGCUGAAGGAGGUGGAUCGGGCCGAACUCUAUGCAGGCUUUCUCAAAUCAUCGGCUAAAGUCACCCUCUAUCCAAAAGAAUCAAAACGGUCUUCAUAUGCGGCCUCGCCGAGGUCAUCGCUGCAGCCUAGCCCAACUCCGGGACCGGACCGACAGUCAAGUCCUCUCGGACUUUCAUCACCUACCCAGAACUUGGCUAAUGCCACGUGGGUCUGUCCAAUAUGUUCUUUCUCGAAUCCAGUACCGUCGAAUUUCGAUGUUCAGACAGCAAGUGCAAGGACGGUGCUUCCACCGUGUCUUACCUGUGGCAUCAAACCACCGUUGGUGCAUGUUGUGAAGGCAGCUUUGGCUACGAUGAGCAAUAGGACUACUAGUUCUGUGGACAAUAGAACAAACGGUAAUGAUGUUCCAUCAGGUGCUGUCAGUACUGGUGUGGGGUCAUCGGUAUCUACCUCAUCCGGUCGUCAAUGUCGAAGAUGCACAUUCAUCAAUCACCCAUCCCUUGUUUCCUGUGAGAUGUGUGGAGCCGCACUCACUACUGCUCCAGAUCCGCGGAUCGAAAGGGUAGGACAUGGGCAAAGGAACGAGUCGCCGGGUCCUUCGCGCGAACUUGGUGAUGACAACAGCCCAGUCGAGAGCAUCAAAUUAUCAUUCCGCGCUGGAGGCGAGAAGAUCUUCCACGAAAGACUAAAAGGUUCUCUGAUUCAACGGAAAUGGUUACUUCAGAGUGACCCUAUGGUUCCGAGUGCAAGUUCCGUUACUCCUAUCUCCGACUCUCGGAACGCCCCCCAACCCGGUUCAUCUGGGACAAGUACUCCCGACCGGGCGAAACUAGUCGGUAUCGCUGGGCUUGAAUUGAGAGGCCAAGAGCUGCGACGGAAUAAUGAGAUUGUCAUUGGGAAUGCCUUUGAGGAUCUUGAAGCGUUGAUGACCUCCGCGAAAGAAAUCAUCGCCCUCGCCGAAUCCUUCGCAUCCCAAGCAAACAUCAGCGGUAACAGCGAGGCCAACGCCAUCCUCACCCAAUCCACCAGUGCUCUGGGCCUAGUCACCACCAAAGACAUGCUCGGCAGCGGAUCCGAAUCCCUCUACCUCUCCGAACUUUCUCGCAACCUCGCCGAGUUCCUCACCGACGACACCAAAGGGGUUCUCCGGAAAGAGGGUGGCAUCAUGAGCCUCGUCGACCUCUGGGCGGUCUUCAACCGCGCCCGAGGCGGCGUCGAGCUCAUCAGCCCCUCCGAUUUCGAAAAGGCCGCCCAGCUCUGGGAUCACCUGAAGCUUCCCGUGCGCCUGCGUCGGUUCCGCAGCGGGCUUCUCGUCGUGCAAGGACGAGAUCGCACGGACAAUAAGACCAUCGCCGCGCUGCUCUUAUGGCUACGGGAUCUGCAUGAUGAACCGCCCGAAGAAGAAGUGCCGUGGGAUUGGCGCAUGUAUGGCCGAGGGGUCACGGUGCAAGAAGCCGCGGAGAGGUUUGGCUGGAGUGUCGGAGUCGCCGCGGAGGAAUUGGACAUGGCCGAGGAACGUGGCGCGGUCUGUCGAGAACAGGCGUUGGAUGGCCUGCGGUAUUGGGAGAACUGGCUGGUCGGCAUACCUGGCGUUGAUACUUUCCAGACAUGGAUAUAA